UCCAGAUUGAAGUACCGUGCCGUGGAGUUGUGGACGGUAUUGAGGGAUUUCACGGGGAUCACCCGGCAGGAGUAUCACGCACGGUCCGAUGAACCCCACCAUGACCCUCACCGUGUUACCAUUAUUCGCACUGAUCUUGUUUCGUCUGGCCACUGUGUGCAGUGAAGAUUGCUACGAGGAGGUGGAUUCCUGUGAUAUGGGAACGGAAGAUCAGUCGGACGAUUCCAGCGUAUAUAUUUUGGCGUGCUCGUCGGAUCCGCCAAAUCAGAAUUCGACUUGGUAUCGCAGCAACAGUGUUGUUGGCAGUGGCGUGGCACAGGACACUUACCAAUGGGACAUCAUUGGAAAGAUAAACGGAUCAAGUGAAAAUGACAUGAUGGCCAUCGCACGUUGCACUCCUAAACAUGACUACAGUGGUGUUAUCCGGGUUACAACUCUUUAUACCCCGGCGCUUCGCGUCGAACCAACCAUGGUUGUUAGCUUUUGGUUACUGUUAUCCGAUCCUCCAAUAAUAAACACAGAGUACUUCGAACUGGGCAUCGCUGAAUGGAGAGAAGGGCAUCCAGCUCAUUACACCGAUGUCCUGUGAGGAAGGCAUAAUGGGCAGC